UAAAUAUUUAAACAAUUGUGUGUAACUUUGUAAUAAAUAAAAUGCAAGCUUUUCCUGUAAAAUGUGUUGUUGUUGGAGAUGGGUGUGUGGGAAAGACGUGUCUUCUAAUGUCGUAUACACAAGAUGCAUUUCCAGGAGAAUAUAUACCAACAGUGUUUGAUAGUUAUCAAGCUAAUGUCAAAGUAGAUGGACAGGUUUGUUCCCUUAAUUUAUGGGACACUGCAGGCCAACAUGAUUAUGACAGGUUGCGACCAUUAUCCUAUCCACAAACGGAUGUUUUCCUGAUCUGUUUUUCCCUUGUUGCACGGGACAGUUACGAAAACGCUAAACAGCAGUGGUAUCCAGAGGUUAAACAUCAUUGUCCACACACGCCUAUCGUAUUAAUUGGAACAAAAAUGGACUUAAGGGACGACAAUACAGAACGUGAACAUGCAUUAAAGAAAGACAUUUCCUUUGUUGAGGGUAGGAGCCUUGCACAGAAAAUCCAAGCAGUGAAUUAUGUAGAAUGCUCUGCGAAGACCGGAAAGAAUACAAAACUAGUUUUUGAUGAAGCGAUACGAGCCUGUCUAAUUCCUCAAAAGCAGAAGAAAAGAAGAAGUAGAUGUAAACUUGUAUGAAGACAAGAGAUGAAAAACUGUGGUCAUGAAAUUGUUAAAUAUAGACAACUCGAAAUGAAUGUUUUUCAAUUCUGUAUUGAUAUAUGAACAAGCGAAAUGAAUCAUGCCAAUAGCUGAAGGCACCAUAUACCAUUCAGUUAAUUCAUAUCAAUAAAUCAUCUGUAUAACUGUUUUCACGGCCUAUCCGCAUUUAAUCUGCCGCUGGAUGUGAUAGUCCCGGCAAUGUUGCACUGUGCAGAAGGCAGUUUGAAAGCAGCUUGAUAGUCUUAACGUAGAGUAUCGUAAUAUGUUACAUAUGCGAUGACGUUAUGGUUUUAAAGAAUUACAACUUGACAAGAAUUACUGGUCAAUGUGAAUCAGUGUAGUGUGGCUGACAAUUAGCUGAUCAGGAAAGAAAUAUAAAUGACGUUUACACUAAUAUAUGUUUUCUUUUUGAACUAGUGCGUUAUAAAUAUGCAAGCACCAUACUUCAACUGUGUCUCAAAAAGUUUUCAUAGUUCAAAGGCUUUGUCUUCGGCCUGCUUCUUCCCGUUGUUUCGUCCGUCCUCUGUCCUGCUAGACACCAAUACAUAAUUUGUUUAUCACAAUACAUAUUUUGUGGAAUUGACUUUAUUCUAACACAAAAAGGAACAGUCAAUAUAAUAUCUCAAAACCCCAGUAUCAUGUCGAGUUAACAAAUACAUGAAGAGUGUUGUCGUCUGCUUCAGAUGAUUUGAAGAUAAGGCGUGAAAAUUUAACUUCCGUUACAUUGUUUAUAUCCCGUGCAAGUUGAAACCAUUUCUUCUGAAUUGGCUCUGGUAGAACUGUAUCCCAUGGAUAUUUCUCUUUCCAUAGAUCUUGAAGAAGAAUCUUUGCACGUACCAAGACUGGAUUUAGUAAACCAAGUGGAUCGUAUAUUCUCGAUGUGUAUUGUAGAAUAGCGCGUUUUGUCAUAUCCGGUAUUACAGGAAGUUCCUUAUUCGGGUAAGAUAUCUCGUCUGUGACGGUGAGCCAAAGCAUGCCUAGAACCUUUGUAAUCUCGCCGGUGUCAAGGACACCUUCUUCUGAAGCAGCUGAUCUUACUUGUUGACUAUUUGAUGCUCAGGACCUCAGGUUAAAUCCUCCGUUAAGCAUCAAAUCUCUUGUUUCUCGGAAAAACGUCAAAACUUCUUCUUCUGUUGAAAAAACUUGAUAUUAUAUUGUCCACAUACAAGUCCCGUUUAAGAAAUCUGCUGACCCAACUAGAAGCGUUGUUUUCUAGAUGCUGCUUGAGUAAUGUGGCAUUUAAGAUGAAUGGUGAACACGUGGUACCGAAGAGUACGGAUUUGAACCUGUAUGUCGUGAAUGGACUGUUUGGGUUACCUGGGUCACUCAACCACAGAAAUCUGGUCAUAUCUGUAUCUUCUUUAUCCAGUUUUACAUUAAGAAAAGCCUUUUCUAUUUCCGUGGACACUGCAUACUUGCCAAGUCGGAAUCGAAUCAUGAUAUGUGAAAGGUCAUUCAAUGUGAGUGGGGUAGAGUCUAAACGGUUUCUGUGAUGUUUCUUGGCAACUACAGUCAUAUACUAUACGUAUAGGCGUCGUGGCUGAAUCCUUCUUCACUGCAUGGUGUGGAAUGUAGUGCAUUCGAUCGGGUUGUUGUUCAUUCUCGUCCACUUUCUCUAUAAAAUUUCGCCUCUCUUGCUCUUGUAUGAUCUCUGAAUAUUCCUGAAAGAUGUUCGGUUCUCGGCGGAGCCGUCUUACAAGGGAUUCUGUCCUUCUCUUUGUCACUUCUACGUUUGUAGGGAGUGGGGCGUGGUCUUCUUUCCAGGACAGUUUUGCUUCAUAUUUUCCAUCAAUGAACUUAAUACUGUUUUGUUGAUAUGUUUCUAGUUUACAUACUUCUCUGUCGUCUUCGGGGCUGAUUCCAAUAGACUCUAGUUUCCAAAAUUUUUCAAUGUCUGUAGUCAUCACGUUCAGUGCGAAGCAGGACUGAGUCAUAACAUUAGUAACUGAAACUGGACCCGAGAGUAAAUAUCCAACCCUCGAACUCACGGCUGUAGGACCAUUUCUUCGAAUUAUCUUAUUUCCCACUAUUUUCCAAAAAUAGUCAGCUCCUAUUAGUAAUGAAAUCUCGAACUUGUCAUCGUCUAUAACGGGAUGCGCUAACUCUAGGUGUCUGAGAUACGGUAACGACGUUACGGACUGCGGAAUAUUACGUAGCGGAACGGCAAUUACCGGAACGAUCAAAACAUUUAGAGGUAUCUUGUCGCCGUCGUCGGUAAGUAAAUAUAUUGUUGCCGUCUUCAGAUGUCGUACUUUCUGAGAUGAAUCUCCAAACGCUGCCAGAUUGACGACAGUGUUGUCACAAGGUUUGAUAUUUAGCUGAUCUGCGAGUUUCUCCGAUAUAAAUGAACACUGAGCCCCUUCAUCAAAUAAAAUAUUUGCUUGAGCGUUCUGAUUUUCUGCGUAAACUUUGACGACUGCGGUUUUUAACAAAACUUCCGGUCUUGGGCUAAAUGUGGAGUUGAAUAAAGCGGCUGUUUGCUGACUUCCGGUACUACUUGCUGCGAAACUUGGCAUUGGCUGAUAUCCGUUUCCGGUGUCUAUUCUUGCUUCUGGUCCAUUUUUACAAAUACUAGUGUGGUGUUUGCCUUUACAUUUCAAACAUCUAAAGUUCGAACGGCAUUCAGAAACUUGGUGGAAUUUCAAACAGUUAAAACAGACACGUUUUUUCUUAAUAAUGUCUCUGCGACUGUUUACAUCUGUGGCUUUUCCACAGUCGUUGGCAUGGUGAUUUUCACUACAAUAAAUGCACUGCUUUUGGUUGCGCGGAAAAAUUGUUGAUUUCUGUCUACUUCCAUUUUUUCGACCUUUGUCGCGCGCUCGUGAAAAAUGAGGCUGUUGCUGAAUAGUCGUCUGCGAUCUCAGAAGGUUUUCCGGCUUCCAUGAUAUUCAGUUCGCGAUAUAACGCCUUUCGUAAUUCGUCUAGCUGCCAAUUGUCACUUCCAUGUUCUCUCGCUAAAUUCUUUCUAAUUCCUGCUGGUAACUUGUCAGUUAUCACUGGCACUAACAAAGUCCCAUAGUUACUUUGACACUCGCCUAACGACUCCAAACCGCGAAUGUAAGAUUCUAAUUUUUCUAUAUAAUUUCUCAAGCCGUGCAAUGUAUAACCUGGAGCUGGGAUAUUCAAUAACGUCUGCAUGUAUGUAUGAACAAUCUUGUGUUUUUGUCCGUACCUUUCUUUCAGUAGAUCGAUUGCUUGGAUGUAAUUCGCGUUUGUCAAAGCAAAUCCUUGUAUAGUUUGAGCUGCACUGCCCUCUAGCUGAUUAUUGAGGUAAUUAAUUUUUUGCACUUCACUGAGGUUAGGAUUUAGAUGAACUGUAGAUUCAUAAGCGUCCCAAAAACUCUGCCACUCAAUAAUAUUACCACUUAAUACCGGAAGUGUUAGUUUUGGAAGUCUCUGGUAUUGUAAAAAAUUUGCAAAAGAAGUCCCCGAUUGUCUUUGUCCACUCUGCGCUUCCGUAGAUUCCGUAGAAACAGCUGUCAUGCGUGAUCGACUGUCCUCUCCUAGCGCGUUCGCUGCAUUGUUCGUGGUUUCGUCCUGUUGCGUCUCUUCACCGUCUGUUCUGCAUUUCAAAUUAUUGCUGAAUUCCUUUAAAUGCUGUAAUUUUACUUAAAUGUCCAAACAAAAUUCCUGAGCGCUCGCGAUUUCCUCUUCGAUUUCCGUCACUUCUGUUGCUUCUAAGAUUUUAUCGUUUAAUGCCUUUACUGUCUCUAGUGUUUGCGAUAUUGCUUUGAUUAUUGUUUUGAACUGGAUCCAAUCGGAAUUUUCCUUUGCCGUAUCGAUUUUCUGCAACUGACUCGUAAUAACUCGGUAAUGUCCUUCCCGUAUCAAACGUAAUUUCUCUGCCUUCAUGUUUUUUUUCGUCACGGCACCAAAAUGUGGAAAAUAGGGUCGUAUAACAAUAGACGUGUUGUGUCCUUUACCAAUCUAUUUUCUGAAACCGUCAAACCAAAAAUUAGACUUUUCCUUUAGAUUUAAUUGCCAAUUGCAAUAUGUCAAAAAUUUGAUAUGGUGUACUCGCAACAAAAAUGAUCAAAUCAACGAACAACGUAAUUAUGUUUACAAUUGUGGGGCUCGGAUAUUACUGCAAACAUGUUUUACAAUUAUUGUAACUAUAAUAUCUUAUUACAAUAGGAAUUAUCUGGAAGUUUGACACCCCUAUUGAGUUCUUCUCCGGAUUCUAUUGCAUAUGCAUUUUACAAUUCUUUUGUUGUAUAAGAAAAUAUUUUAUUUUCUGUUCCAUUUUCAUAUAUAAUAUACAAAUGUAUUUUGGUUCUAUUCAAUUGCAUACAUGUAUAUGUAAACUAGCAAAGAAACCCUAAUUUCAUAUAUUUU